CGCUUAUGUUAAAAUAAGGUUGAAUAAUGUUGGGUCGUCUCGUGCUGUCUGACGAGGAUGAGGAGGAAGAAAAAGAAAGAUCUAAUUUAGUGGAAGAUGAUUCUGCUCUUUCUUCGAGGGUUGGAGGGACGCUAAGGUUCAACGAACCUCAAAAAGAUACGUCAGAAAUCGAGACUAUUCGAACUUGGUCUAAAACGUCGCAGUGUAGUAGUAGUUCGUCUGGUGACAUGUCUUCUCCCAAAAGAUCAUCUCAGCGUGUUACUUUUGAAAUUGUUUCUGCUAAAACGGUUUCACAAACAAGAAAAAAAUUUGUAUUUACAAGAAAAAAUGGAGAAAAACAAAAGCAGUUUUCUUUGGAAGAGGAGAAUAAAAUAUUAGAUAAUGCUCAAAAAAGAAUAAAAACAAAAGAUGUGCCUGAUGGUCUAUUGGAAUGCUGUGUCACAGGACUGGAUUUUAUCAAAAAAAACUUUAAAGAAAACACACACAAGACUUAGACUUCUUUUAACAGAAAAUAACGGCUUCAAACAGAAAUAACAAUUAAAGAGGCAGGAUUCCAACUAAUUUGUACUACUAUAUUGUUAUUUUAGUUGUUUACUCGUGAUUUUUUUUUGAUAAUUUUUUAUUAUGGAUUAAUUUUCAUUCUAAUUUAAU